AUGAGUCUUACCGAACAACAAAUUUCAGAGUUAGUUACCAAUAUUGAAUCUGGCGAUGAAAGCGAUUGGUACGAUAAUGUUGAUGAUAGUUCUUCUGAUUCAGAAGUUGAAGGUAAUUUGUCUGAUAGUCUAAGAAAAAAUAUUUUUAAUAUUUUGAAUGAAAAACAUUCUACUGCUAGCAGUACUGUAAAUAUUGAUGAUAUGCCAAUAGUCUGUGAAGACAAUGUAGUUAUUCCUCCUGAAAUUUUACCUCGCACUACUUCUGAUCGACAAUUGCCUAUAAUUCCCCCAAAAAAAUGUACUGUAGAAGUUUUUUCUGACAAAUGGAUAUUUGACAAAACGUCAUUAUCAAAUUUUCAACCGAAGCAUUUUUUAUUUGAUUCAUUGAAUUCCGGAUCCAUGUUAGAAGAUAUACCCGAAAACUUCAAAGAAAUUGAUAUUUUUAAAGCCUUUUUUGAUGAACAUUUUGUCGAUCAUAUUGUUGAACAAACCAACAAGUAUUUUAAGUUUAUAAAAAUUAAUUUUACAUUAAAAAAAAAAUCUAAGCUACAGUAUUGGAAAGACACAAAUUGCAAUGAAAUGUAUACAUUUUUAGCGGUUUGCCUCCUUAUGGCACACGUGAAAAAAAAUAAAAUUAAAGAUUAUUGGUCAACAUCAUUUUUGCUGUCAACACCCGCUUUUGGACAAUUAAUGUCCCAAAAUCGAUUUUUGUUAAUUCUGAGAUUACUGCAUUUCAAUGAUAAUUUCAAUCAAAUCCCGGGUGAUAGAAUUUAUAAAAUUAAACCAGUUAUCGAGACACUGAGAAAAAAAUUUAAAAACUCAUUUUCUCCGGGCCAGAAAAUGUGUAUAGACGAAAGCAUUGUGGAAUAG